AUGGAGCUUGCUACCUUGCACGGUUAUUGGGAUGGAAUACCUUUGUGUUUCGGUGGAGAUUUUAAUGAGAUAAGAUACAUGGUGGAGAGAACAGGUUGCCGUAGAGCAUCAAAUUCAAUGAAACUCUUUGAUAAAAUGUGUAAUGACUUUGAUCUUGUGGAUUUGCCUCUUUUCGGUGCGAAGUACACUUGGAGUAGGCCGCCUAACAAAAAAGAGCAAGAUGGACUGUUUUCUUUUCUCUUCGGAUUGGGAAGAUCACUUUCCAAAUAUCAUCUUCAAGCGCCUUGUACGGCCGGUGAAUGUUUUGCAAACAAGUUAAACGCUUUGAAGGAGAAGUUUAAGGUGUGGAAUAGAGAUGUCUUUGGGAGCAUUUGUAGGGAUUUAGACACGUCUCUUGCCAAGUUGAAAGAAUUGGAUGAUCUAGAUGAUGAGAGGGGUCUUACCGAAAUUGAAGAAGACAUGCCAGUGACGGCUAAAGUGGAUUUUGAGGUGGCUCAUCGUCGUCAAAGCAUAAUGUUGAGGCAAACGUCAAGAAUCAGAUAUUUUAGAGAUGGCGAUCGUAACACCAAACAUUUCCAUCGAGUGGUGAAAGAUCAUAGAGCUUUUAACAACAUCAACAACCUUCGUAUCAAUGGACGUUGGAUCGGAAACAAGGAAGAAAUCAAGAUGGGUAUUGCAAAUCAUUUUGAGCUAGCGUUUAAAGAAACUUCAAACAAUCGUCCAAGAAUCAAAAAUAUGUGUCUAAAACGUAUUGACGAGAAUGCAAGUCUUUGGUUGGAGAGACCUUUUAGUGAAGAAGAAGUCAAGGAUGCAACUAAAGAUUUAGGAAUUGAUCGUGCUCCGGGUCCGGAUGCAUUUCCUAUGAAGUUCUUUUUUGUUUGUUGGGAUUUCCUAAAAUAA